CGAGAGGCAGUCUCGUCUCGGCGAGCCUUUCGGGUAUUAAAAUCGUUUGUGCACUUGGUCUCGUCGUGCGCAGGGCUUGGUUUUUUAACAGUGACAGUACCGAGAGUAAACUCGAAAUAGCUGGGACGAAAAUAGACGGCGGGCUCCUCGAUAAGGGGGGGCAAAAGGUGUCGAUCGAUUGACUGGUUUUUAAAAAAAUCGCUCGUUUUGGAGUGUCAAGUGCGGUGAGGAUAUUGUGUGAAAACUCGUGGCGGAUAAAAUUUGGGGUGCCGACCGAAAAACUCGACGUGACAGCUCCGCUUGCUAUUCGCAACGUUUUCUUUUCUGAUCGCUCUGCUGCUCGGAGCUGCGCCGACUUUUUCACUUUCUACCGAUCUUUGGAUCGACUUUUUGCAUACUUCUCGGUCGUUUUCGUGACAGUGUUACUACCACUCGUUGGGAUUAUCGGCGCUCUCGUGGUUUGUCAAAACUUUUGGACCCCUCUCCCUCGCCCUGGUGCUGGAUCUACGUGGCUCGAGUUGACGAAGGCAGUAUCGAUUGCCACGGAAGCGAAAAAUGAAGGGAAGCAUUGGUCAAAGAUCGAUCUAACAUCAACAGGAGGAUGUACACCGAGUGGCAAAAGGGCGAACUCGUGUGGUUCGACCCCGGAGUUGGACACGUUUUGCCCGGCGAGGUGCUGGAGUACCACAGAGCUGCCAAUGUCUUAUCAGUCCAGGCCGUGAUAGCUGGAAAGCCACAGACUUUUACACUCACGAAUCUCAAUGGAGUCAGACCGAGACAAGAUCUUGGACAGAAUGGAGUCGAAGAUAUGAUACAAAUCAAUGAUCUUAACGAAGCUUCUCUACUAUGGAACUUGAAAAUUCGUUAUGACAAGGAACUCAUCUACACUUACACCGGAAGUAUUCUCGUGGCAGUGAAUCCGUACAAAAUGUUCGAUAUUUACGGACUCGACCAGGUGAAGCUGUACGAGGGACGGAUACUGGGCACUUUGCCACCACACCUCUUUGCCGUCGGCUCGUCCGCGUACAGUCAAGUGUCAGCUGCCAAUAAUUCAAGUGCCAAUCAAGUGGUGGUCAUAUCGGGGGAAUCGGGAUCGGGAAAAACCGAAUCAACGAAACUCGUCAUGCAGUAUUUAGCUGCCGUUAAUCGCGCACCCAGCAACCUCGUCACUGAACAAAUAUUGGAAGCUGCACCGUUACUCGAGAGCUUUGGGAAUGCCAAGACACCGAGAAACGACAACAGCAGUAGAUUUGGAAAAUAUCUUGAAGUCCAUUUCAGAGACGGAGUUAUCGUCGGUGGCCGUGUAACGCAGUAUCUCUUGGAGAAAAGUCGCAUAGUAACGCAAGCAUCCGAGGAGAGAAACUAUCACGUAUUCUACGAACUUCUAGCCGGGCUCGAUCAACAGCUGAGAGACAAGUAUGGUCUUUUAACUCCGGACAAGUAUUUUUACCUGAAUCAGGGUGGAAGCUGCGAGAUCGACGGUAAAAACGACACCGAGGACUUCAAGGCGUUGCUAUCCGCGAUGCAAGUGUUGGGUUUUACCUCCGAGGAACAAGACACCAUUUUUAAGAUACUCAGCAGCGUUUUGCAUCUCGGCAACGUUUAUUUUCAUCGCAAACAAAUGAGACACGGACAGGAAGGUGUUGAAGUUGGAUCCGACGCGGAGAUACGCUGGGCUGCUCAUCUCCUUCAGGUCAAUGCCGAUGGAAUCAUCAGAGCACUCACUACCAAAACUACCGAAGCGAGAAACGAACGAGUGCUGACCGCUCUGAACAUCGACCAAGCUUUGGACGCGAGAGACGCGUUCGCAAAAGCCCUGUACAGUUCACUGUUUUCUUGGCUGGUAGCACGCGUCAAUCACAUUGUUUACAAAGGAACGAAGCAAACUGCAGCUAUUUCGAUUCUCGACAUAUUCGGGUUUGAAAAUUUUGCCGAAAACAGUUUUGAACAGCUUUGCAUCAAUUAUGCGAACGAGAAUUUACACUUUUAUUUCAACAAGCAUAUAUUCAAGCUGGAGCAACAGGAAUACGCUAAGGAAAAGAUCGAUUGGACGACCAUUAAUUACACGGACAAUCUUCCGGUGAUUCAGCUGAUAGCGAAAAAGCCAGUUGGAAUUUUGCACCUUCUCGACGACGAGAGCAACUUCCCAAAGGCAACCGAUUUAUCCUUCCUCGAGAAAUGUCACUACAACCACGCUCUCAGUGAAUUAUAUUCAAGGCCGAGAAUGAACUCGGCCGAAUUUGCCAUAAAGCAUUACGCUGGACAGGUUUGGUACAACGUCGAAGGCUUUCUCGACAAAAAUCGCGACACCCUCAGACCCGAUGUCGUCGAAUUGCUUAUCAGUAGUAAAAUACAAAUGGUCAGUAAAAUGUUUCAACACGUCAGAACUACUCACGAAGCUAACAAAACGGUCAAUAAACCCAAUGGAAGAUUCGUCACUAUGAAACCGAGGACUCCCACUGUUUCUGCCAGAUUUCACGACAGUCUUCAACAGCUUCUGGACUCGAUGUCUCAAUGCAAUCCCUGGUUCGUGCGUUGCAUAAAGCCAAAUACAGAAAAAGCGCCGAUGAAAUUCGACAUGCCAUGCGUACUUGAGCAGCUUCGUUACACGGGCAUGCUCGAAACAAUCUGCAUUCGAAAAACCGGAUACCCCGUACGAUUGCAAUUUGGUCAUUUCGUCGAUCGUUAUCGCUAUUUAAUACCAAAUCAUUUGCCGAGAGGGGCACCGAACAAAGAGCUCUGUCGAAUUAUUUUGGACAAAUCUACGUCUCCGGACGCACACGAGCAGUAUCAACUGGGAUUGACCAGAGUUUUCCUUCGCGAAUCCUUGGAACGACAUUUGGAAUACAACAGGGCGCUGAUUCUCGAAAGAGCAGCAAUUACUGUUCAACGUUACACCCGAGGAUUUCUGGCUCGUCGAAGAUUUCUCAACAUCGCACGAAGCACGAUAUUCAUCCAAGCGGUUUAUCGGGGUUAUCGCGACCGUAAAAAAUUCCGUGACCUCAAAAGAGGCGUUCUCAUGGGACAAAAGAUGUAUCGAGGCAAAAAAGAGAGAGAAAGAUUCAAGGCGCUGAAAGAAGAAAUGGCCAAAAGGGCAGAAAUCGAGAGAGCCAGUCGAGAGAGGGCAAAGGCCAAACAGCAAAGAGAGGAGCAAGAGCGAGCUUCCCGGGCGGUUGCAGGGGUUAAUCAUCUUGAAAUACCUGCCGAAUUGGCCUUCAUUUACAGCAAAUUGGACGACUGGCAGCCGACGCAUACGGAGCGAAAUUUGUUGAAAGUCGUUGGAACGGUUAUCCCGAUGGUGCACACGUACAAUUUACCAGGAGACAUAGACCAGCAUCAGUUCUCCAAGUUUACCAACAUAUAUUUCAAGAGUCACAUAUUCGGUAUGAAAAGAGAGCCGAUAAAAACGCCAUUUUUGGCGAAAGCGCGUGACCAAGAUUACACGGAUUCGCUGAUGAUAUUUAAGAUGAUCCUGCGUUUUAUGAACGAGAAUAAUUUGAGUGGGAAGAGGGAGCAAGCACUGGGGGAUUACAUCGUGAACAAGGGGAUCGUAAAUGAGAAAUUGAGGGAUGAAAUACUGUGUCAAUUGGCCAAUCAGACGUGGAAGAAUGAGAACGAUGGCAACAAGGAGAGAGGAUGGUUAUUGUUGGCCAAUUGUUUGUCAUCGUUCCAGCCAAGUUCAACUUUGUUCAAGUAUUUUCUAAAGUACGUUUCCGAUCACGCCUACGACGGCUACAAAGCCUACUGUCAGCGAAAGCUCCUUCAGGGUGAGCGGACGGUUCACCGAAUUAUGAACAACAAUCAACCCAGCAAUCAUCACGUGCCGCGAACUUAUCCGCCCUGCGUCCUCGAAUGGCGUGCAAAUAGAAACCGAGUAAACAUGGCACUAACAGUUGGCUUUUACGACGGGGAAACUACUACUUGUGCCGUUGAUUCGUGGACCACUUGCGAAGAGCUCGCCAACCUCGCUGUCCACAAUCACGGGGUCGAAAAUUCCGGUUGGACCAUCACACUUUGGAACCAACUGGACGCUCCGGAUGCCAUUGUCACCGAAACCAACGGAUUCGAUUACUGCCUCGAUCUCAUCUCAGAAAUGGAACUCGCACCUGCUUUCCCAGCUGCCAAACACAUGUUCCUCGAGCAACGAAAAAAUAGCUUCCCACCGAUCAAAAAAAGAGAGCACAAUCAGGCUGUACGUGAACUGGAGCAUGACCUGGAGAUGCCGGUACUCAAGACCUUCCAGCCCCUCGAGAGAAAACCGGUGGCCAAGGUUGUCGUAGACAAGCCUGUGGAACCGGAAAUUCAGUCCCCGAGAAGACCGGCUGUCCCGCCGCCGCAGCCACCAAUCGCAAAACCAUCGCCACCGAGAAAGCAGUCACACGAGCCAGUGCUGGAGUCGACCGGUGAAAUGGGUUUAUCGAGACAAUCGGCAUUGAACGACCGUUACUUCGAGAAGGAGAAACAACGCAGUCGAAGUUUGGACAAUCUGUUGCAGCCGGAAAUGGUCCAGCAGUCGCCAAGUAAAUUGGCUACUUUGGGACUUUCCUCGUCAAAACUGAACGAGAGGUAUCACAGCUUGGAAAGAAUUGGUGAAGUAAACGCGGUCACGAAUGUCGAGUACAUGAGCAACGUUGAGGUGAGCCAGGAGAGAAAGUACAGCAGAAUAACGAGAACGACGGAGCCAAAUAUAGUGGAGGAGGAAGAUUUGACGAUCGACUUUGAGUACCCGGACAUACAAUCGGUCAGCCAGACCGGUCGAUCGGAAGAAGACAAAAACAGUUACGCAAGAUCGCAAACGAGAUUCAUCAAGUCCCAGUACCCAGAAUUGAACAUUGUUCCAACAGGCAAAAGAGCACUGCCCGGAAGUCAGUCGAGUCGUGCUUAUAUCGAGAAGAGCGAGUACGGUGUAAAGUCAUCCGCGAUGUCGGACACGAGCGAAGCACCCUCUCUGGCGUCGCACGUCAGGAGAGUCAGGGUUCCCAGCCAGGCUUCGGACGUUGAUCAAUUUUUGGACGAGUUGUUCAUGCCCGUUCUGGAUGGCAAUUUGGAUGAGAUGUCGGACGCGAGGAGCCUUGCUGCCAGCAUCAAAGGAACUUUGCUCGUUUCUACGGAAGCGAAGCAGCGGAGCGCAGAAGGAGCUGCCGAUCUUGAGGGCUUUUUGACGUCGGCUACCGGACUGGAUCAGAAAAGUUUUCCAGCGGCUGAAGAACUGUCUGCCAAGAUCAAGGGCACCGGAAGCAUCGAUGCUCCGGAUCGUGAAGAAAAAACGUCUUCGGAGGGCACGGAAAAAGUUGCCAGUCUCGACGACUUCCUGGACGCCGCAACGGGAAACAAUGGCCUUGCUAAGGCCUUGAGAGCUUGUGAGAUCUCGAGGAAAAUCAAAGGAGGCGGAAACAUGGACAUACCGAACCAGAACACAGCCUUCAACUUCAGCCCUCUGUCACCGGGGAUUAUGUCGCCGCCGAUGAUGAUGCCGAUGUUUAGCCCCCAGCAGCAAAUGCCAACGGCACAAAGCGCAAAUUUGAACAUGGGCUCCGGGUUCAUGCCGAUACCAAUUUACAAUAUGCAAGGAAUGAAUCUUCCGCCUUUCCAGAACAACAACUCGCCCGGUCAAGGCAACGAGAUGGCGGCCUACCAGCAAAACUUGCAACGUGCUUUUCUACAAAGCGCGAUGGCUCAGAACAUGCAGAUUCAGCAACAGCUGUUAGCGCAGAAUCAAGCGCUCCAACAAUUGUUGGUUCAGAAUCCUCAAAAUGGCGGACAGGGUACUGGAUAUUCUGACGGGGAGCCGGUCAAAUCGCCCAUCCAUUCGUCAACUCCGACGAGCUCGAGGCAGGAAAUAGUGACUGUCAAAGCUCAGGUUCACAGGUCCCAAAGUCCACCGAGAAAAAGCUUGGAUCUGGGGAGAAAAACGAGCGUGGAGUACGGUCGAAAAAUGAGCACAGACAGAAAACCAAUCGAGAGAAAAUCUUCGACGAAUGUUGGGGAACUGAAGAGAACCAGCUCCGGCAGGGGCAACGUUGCAACCAACUUUACCAAUGUUCUCAGCGAGCUGAAGAAUCGCAAGAGCAGCAUAGUCGACAACAAUUCCACCAUGAUCAAUGGCAAAGGAGUUCCACCUCCGCCCCCCAUGCCACCUCCACUCGAAUCCCACGAUCCUUCCGAAUCCAGACCUUUCUUGGAUCCUUAUGGGCGAGCCAAAACCGUGAGGAUCGGCAAAUGGCGGUGGCCGCCGCCCAGCGAUUCCAACGAGGCUACCACCCAGGACAGCUUCAUGGAAUUCAAGCUGCGACAGCAUCAGCAACAGAGAAAAAUCACUCCCCAAUAUCAGGAGUAUAACCAAUCGAAUGAUCCCCUCAAUAACGAGGGUUGCCUCGAUUGGGAAGAAUUUGAAAUCGAAAACGGAGGACACGAGGAUCGACGGGAUGAGAUUCAUGCUACGAAACACGAAAAUGGGCUGUCGAAGGACGAUGGAGAUAAGAAGAAGAAAAAGUCCAAAUCUGGAUUCGAGGUCGGUGCUCACAGACCGUCUCCGGGCAGUAUCGGCAAGCUGAAGCUCAGCUCGGAAAUGAGGCAAAGAUUGGAAAAAGUUACGGCUAAUCACAGCGUGAGAUCAACCAAAACUACGGAAAAACCUGCUCUACCACGCGAAGACGGGAAGGUCAAGAGACUUGAGGAUAACAGAAAACUCUUGUUGGAACAACAAUUGGCCGGAAGAUGGGACGACUAUGCUUCAACCGCCGAUGACACUCAAAGCGUCACUUCGAAAGGCACGACUGACAUGAUGACUCAAGCUCAGGUCGUCAGAACACAAAUCGAGAGAAUGGAAAGACCUGUACCGCCACCACCUCCGAUUUCACCACCUCAACCCCCGAGUCCAAGGGGUGGAAGCAUGUACAGCAACAGCCAAUCGGGAGUAGCGCAACCACGAAGCCCUCCAGCUCCGGUCGAGCCGAAGUUGCGUGAGUCGAACAACGUUCGUUCUUCCCCGGAUUCGGAGAGCACGGAUAAUUUUCCAAAAAAUCAACACGACAUGUUCAGCCAGAGUCGCGACAUAUUCGCUUCGCAGCAACAUUUGCGGGAGAGUGAUCACCGUCUGGAUUACAACGAGAGCAACAAUAUGCAGCGUUCGAUUGAUCAGAAGAGCAAAGAUUAUUACGGCAAAGAUAGUACGGACGUUGGUAGCACGACCCGCGGUGAUCGAAGUUUGGACUUCGAUUCGCGUCGGGAUCACAGUGACAUAAUAUUUGAUCCGAAAUUUGCGCGGGACAUGUUUGAGAACGGAAAUUCGAAGCGCGAUUCGUUCGGAAUGACGCGCGAUUUGUCACCGAAAUCGAGAGACAGCUUCGGGAUGCCCUCGUCCCGGGAAUUUGGGGUUGUUGCCAACACGCGGGAGUCUUUCGUCGUCGCUCGUCAGAGCUUCAAGAAGCUCGACAACGAUCACGACCGCCGGUCCAGCGUCGCCUCGACUCAUCGGACCGACAAAAUGGAAAGAAUCGAGAUCGAAGAGUGGCCCGAAUUCUUACGGCCCGUUUUGCCGCCCGCGGACAAACCGGAGAUUGAAAAAGUCCAGGAAAUCAUCGACACGAAACUCUAUCCGCCCACGACCAGCGCACAUUUCACUUACAACCGUGUCACGUGGGCGCUCAGAGUCAAGAAAGAAGUUUUCACGCCCAACGAAACCCUCGCCAGUCCUCUCGCGCUUCAUCUCGUCUUUUGUCAAGUUGCUUACGACGUUCUCGCCACUUCGAGCAUCAGAAUCACCAAGGAUGAUCGACAGAGCAUGCUCAAGCUACUUGAUAAUUAUGGCGUUACACUCGAUAAUCUUCAAAGCACUCAGCACAAAAUUACAAUCAAGAAAAAUGUCGUUGACGUCGCCAAACAGUGGCCUCUCUAUUUCGCCAGGAUAUUUCCUGUUUCGAUCGGGCCUCAGCAUCCGGAAGCUCAACACAUUGCAGUGUCUCAUCACGGUUUGCGUCUGAUAAAGAGAAAUUCUUCAGGAGAUUUGAUAAUACUGGAGACUCUUCCUCUCGAGGAAAUAGUCUCGGUAGGUUCGACUCGAGCUGGCGUAUGCACUUUGCAGAUUGCUUCGGGUGUGCGAUUACCUUUACACACGACUCGAGCUCCGCAGCUCGCUGAAAUGAUUGGCAAUUUCAUUAGGAUGAUCGAUCAGAAACCGAUUCACAAAUCGAAUCACCACGAAAAUCACGUCACGCAGAUAACCAGGUCGAUACAAUCGCACGCGAACCACUCGGUCGGUGGCCAUCAACACGGAUUGCACAAUCAAAGCUCGCACAACCAACCGAAUCACGUGACCGGCAAUGUCGGGAAUCAUGAGAUGCACUCUGGUGGAAAUCGACACUCGGGACAACACGGAAUCAACGCGGUUGGUCAAACGAGUUCGGCGGCUCAUCAGCAGAAAAACCAACGCAACUUGAGCCCCAGUCAACACCAUGGGAAUAAUCAAAUACAACAGGAAUGGCGACAACCCGAAGAAAGCAUCAAAUCACCCGACGAAAGCUUCUACGAAAGUGGACCGGUCGUCAAUGACGGAAAACACUCGUUGCUGCAGUACGCCAUGCUCAAUUUCCGACAGUCAACCGAGAAAUUUGAGAUGAUGAAGACUGCGGAUGGUUCGAUAAGUGGAUCGCUCAAAGUGAUCGAGUCUCUCAAGAGCAAAAAGAAAAAUAAGAAAAGCAAAGGACAACAGGAUGGAGCCGAAUGGACGUGGAAAGAACAAGUCGAUCUCGUCAAGUAUUCGCAAGUCCCUAUCGAACAAAGCCUGUUGCGUUUGGACGGCGAGAUGAGUCUACUCGCGGUUGAGUGUUUCAUGUGUCUUAUGAGGUACAUGGGAGAUCAGCCAUUGCCACCUGACAUGAGCGAAGUUAAAUGCGUUUACACCAUUCUUAUGCAUUGCCACAAGUUUGAGCCAUUGAGGGACGAGGUUUACUGUCAACUGAUGAAACAAACGACAAACAACAAGAGCCCGAAUCCAGAGAGCUGUCAGCGCGGUUGGCGUUUGUUCAGUAUCGUAGCAGCGUAUUUUACUUGCAGCGAAGGCUUGAGAGCGUAUCUGAUCAAAUAUUUGGAAACGGCGGCUUACGAUAAGAGGCGAGCUUACCACGGCACUGCUACCGUUUGUUUGCAAAACUUACGGAAAACCGUCAAAUACGGUGGCCGGAAGAAUGUACCGAGCGUUGAAGAAAUAAUGGCAAUAAGUGCCGGACGAAAUGCCAAAAGACAGAUCUACAGAUUACCAGGCGGAACGGAAAGGGUUAUCAACACGAAGUGCACAACCGUUGUUCAGGAUGUCAUCGAGGAAAUGUGCAGCGUCAUAUCCGUGAGAAAUCCUCACGAGAUGGACGAAUUCUCGUUGUACUGCAUCGUCGACGGUGACGCUUUCACGAUGCCACUCGCUAGGGACGAAUACGUACUUGACGUCACCACCGAGUUGCACAAAAAUCACCAAGUUUUUUAUCUCAUAUUCUGCAGAUCUGUUUGGUACUACCCGCUCAGACUGGACGCUGCAUUGUACAUAGAAGUCGUUUUCAAUCAAAUUGCUCCAGAUUAUCUCGAGGGACUUCUCCUAGUCUUGCCCGGAGAGCAUCUUCCUCAAGAAGUCAUCUACGACAUGGCUCAGAUUGCAGCUUUGCUGCACCGAGCUGCUGAUAUGGCUCACGAGCCAACGACGAAAGAGAUCAAGUAUUUGCUGCCUAAACCGGCGCUCAGUCUACGAGAGCCCAGACCCCAGCAGUGGGGAAAUAUGGUCCAACAGGCCUGGAACAAUAUUCAACACAAUACAGCUGCAGUUUGCAAAGCUCAAGUACUCGAAAUAUUGUCAAAAUGGCCUCUCUUCGGUUCGAGCUUCUUCGCAGUAAAACGAGUACCGGAAAAUGGAAAAGAAAAAGUUGGCGAUCACAUACUCGCCUUGAACCGUCACGGCGUCGACUUUAUCGAUUUGAUAACACACGAGACCCUUUAUCAUUAUCCCUACUCCGAGGUGAUAUCAACGAGAAAGGUGAAAUCUGAGGAGGGAACGUUGUAUCUGGAUAUGAAAUGUGGCAACUUGAUGCAACAGAGGAUAACGAGAUUGCAGACGGAGCAGGCCCACGAGAUUUCACGAUUAAUAAGGCAGUACAUAACGAUGGAGCAACGUACGAGCAAUAAUCAGCCUCCGCCGAUAUCGUUCGCGAUGAGAUAGAGGGGAGAGGGGAAAAACGAUUUAUUCAAGAAUGACGAGGAACCAAUUUCUUUUUUUGUCACUUUUUAACAAUUUUCUCACGUUCGAGAGAACCGGAACUGCGAAAAGAGAAAGUGGGGACAGUUCGUUGUUGUUUUUUUCUUUCUUUCGUUUUCAAGUAAUUGUCAUUCGAAUCGAAAGAAAUCGGCGAUCGCAAAUCUUGGCGUAGCGAUUUUUUGCAUCGCUGAAACGGAACAUUACGAAAGACGAAAUAAAUUACCGAAACAAUGCUCAAGUGUGACCAAACGAAAUUAUCGAUUUUGUAUAUAUGCUUAGCUAACGGUUAGCGAAUGAGCGGAAAAGUAACGAACGAUUAAAAAUUAUUGAAAAGUCGUUCAUUUUUUAGCUCAAGACCUUAAAAAAUAGAGAAAGAAAGUUUAUUAUUAUUAUCAUGAUUAUCAUUAUGAAUAAUAUUGCUCUGAGGAUCAUUAUUAUAAUGUUUUAUCUCAAGAUCUUAGAAAUCUGAAAUUGUUUAUCAUCAUUAUCAUUAUUAUUAACAUUGAUAUUGCUCUAUCUUCGUAAGACUUUCAUAAUAAUUUUAGUUGAACUAUUUUUUAUUAACAACUCUGAGUUGCUGCUGAACGAUCACGAGUAAAAUCUUUAAGAGCGAUCUAUCGUAUUAUCAAAUAGAAAUCAAAACGUGAAGAUGAAUAAAAAAAAGUUUGACUUAAUUUGUCUACGCAAGCUCCCGUUUAUAAAAGAGGGGAGCUCAGAAUUUGUUUUUUGCUGGACGGCAAUUCUCCACGGACGUUUUGAUUAUUUAGCAAAGAUAAUUAUGACGAAAGGAAUACGGGAUCGAGACGAGGGAGAUGAGAAAAAUUUUAUUCGAAAAAUAUUGUAAGGACCAUUUUUUUUUACGUUAUUACAUAUGCGACCAGAAAGAUUAACAUUUAUCAAAGUUUGUGUACGAUUUAUUCAUCCGUAUACGAGACAAGACUCACGUUUAUAUAUAUUUAUAUAUAUAGAUAUUUAUAUAUAUAGAUAUUUUAUAUAUAGUAAAAAAUAAAAAUUACAUGUAUAAAUGUUGUAAAAGAUGGUUUUUUUUGUGUACUCUCAUUAACAUAAAAAAAUACGUGGACGGAUGAAAUUUUGUUGACUUUAUCGUAACCAAAAUCGAAGAAUGUUCUCGAUUUGUAGAACUUCUCGACAAAUUCAAUUUCAACGGAUUCAUUUACCAAUGAAAUAAUACAAAUUUGAAAGCCUUA